AACACUAGCCAUGGCCAAACUUGUGCAAACCCUAAUCCCAAUCCUCCCCUCCAUCGCAAUAAUCCUGGCUGUCGCGAACACCGCGUGCUCACAAACGACAUCCUUCACCUAUGAUUUCUCGGGCCAUCACCCGAAACAUGACCUAACCAUCCAAGGCAACGCCCACUUCCCAUCCGAAACGACCCACCUCCGCCUCACAAACCCCGAGCCAUCCCAAGUCGGCCGAGCCUUACACUCAACCCCAAUCCAAUUCUGGCAAACCAACGGCCAGAUCGACUUCAAAACCAUCAUAAACUUCAUCAUCACUCCCAAAGAGGACAAACUACCAGCCGACGGCCUCGCCUUCUUCAUCGCCCCUGCCGGCUCCACCAUCCCCGCCGACUCCAGCGGCGCCAACCUGGGAAUUUUCAACUCCUCCGGCACCGACCCUUCCGUCUUCGCCGUGGAAUUCGACCCCCACGUCAACGAUCCAUGGGAUCCUAAUUUUCGCCACGUCGGCAUCGACAUCGGAUCGAGGAUUUCGAGCAAUGCGACGGAGGUGGGCGGCUCCAUCACCGGGCAGCGGGUCAGGGCCCGGAUCAACUACGCGGGGGCCACGAAGAAGAUCACUGUACAUGUCACCGCAGGGGAGAAGACGUUCGACGUCAGCUAUGAGAAAGACUUGAGCAGCUUUCUUCCGGAGAAGGUUCAAGUUGGGAUCUCCGCCUCCACCGGAGAAGAGACCGCCACCCACGACGUCGCAUCGUGGUAUUUCAGCGCCACAAUGGUGAAUCGCAAAUCAAGCAUUACCAUAUAAUACGAUGUUAGAAAUUUAUAUAAGCCGAUGCUCAAAUUAAAAAAAUAUAAUAAUAUUGUUAAAAUAAUCAAUUUGCAUAUA